UGGCGCUGUAGUAGUUCUGUUUAUUGUGUUAGAAGUUGGAAAUUUAGAAUUGAAAGAGUAAAAUUGAGGAAAAUUACAGAAAUUCGAAUAAGUUGCACGAUAUUCUUUGAUGUUAAAUGCACUUUUUCGUUAUAGUUAAUCGAGUGAUAAUAGCCAGAGAUUGUUUAGCCGUCGUUAAAUAUCAUUGUUCGGCAUGUGAUUGAUUGUGAUAUGUAUACAGACUAUAAUUACUCUAUAAAGGUGCAGACUAGUAAAAGAAAUAAUUAAUUAUGAUAUUUAUGUAUGAAUCCGUUUCUGUGGCUAGUGAUGACGAAGAGCAGUCGACUUACACUGAAAUUGUGAAGAAACCGUCGCGGGAUAAGGAUGAAGAGAAUGCCUCCAGUUUCGUUGACUAUGUCGUCAAUAGGGAGAUUGGGAGACGUGUAAAGAGUAAUUGCAAUUUCAGGGCACACGGUAUACGUCAUAUGCUAUCCUGCGGCAUCUUGAGGGAGUGUGAGAUCCCUCUGGGAAGGCUCAAUAAAGUCUUCUGUUCUAAAUGGCUCUCCGACCGCCAGAUUGUGUUCGGGACCAAGUGCAAUAAGUUAAUGGUUCUUGACGUUACCACUAACAAGAUGGUGCAGAUUCCUAGUUUGAUGGGCAGUGAAGACAAAGUGCAACCAGAGAAUCCUUGCGGCAUGCAUGCUUUGGAGAUCAAUCCAUCUAGGACAAUGCUUGCUACUGGUGGUCUGAAUGCCAACGAUCUGGCAGUCUAUAAAUUGCCAACUUUUGAUCCUGUCUGUGUGGGAGAGGAAGCUCACAGGGAUUGGAUAUUUGAUAUAACGUGGAUUGAUGAUGAGUUUUUAGUUACUGGUUCGAGAGAUACGUCACUGGCAUUAUGGAGGGUUAAGGAAAGUGAAACAAUUAAUCCUGUAUGUGAUAUUUAUCCUUCGCAUCAUAUCAUGUCCCCGUUGUGUGUCAAAACCUGUAGAAAUGCAGAGAAAAUCAGAGCACUCCUAUACAAUUCUGAAGAAGAGAUUUUAGUAGCACUGUCAUUGAAUGGAUUUCUGCAUCUCUGGGAUCUACAGUCAUUCCAUCAGAAAUUUUCCUGCAAACUUCCAUUCUUUCAAGAAACAGUUUGCAUGACUCAAAAUUACGAACACAAACUCUAUGCCGUCGGAUCACGCUCUCACAUCACUCUUCUGGAUGUUCAGACUCUGGAACCUGUCCAGAAAAUCACGGCCAAGUAUCAGGGUUGUGGCGUGAGGUCAUUGAGUUUUUCUGGAGAUCUCCUGACCGUCGGAACCGGAAUCGGCAUCCUGAUGUUUUAUGACGUCAGGGCGGGGCGUUACCUGGAAGACUCGGGCGGAAGCCGCCCAGCCGUGCUGAGAGCGACCCGGGGAUGGGUGUAUCCGGACGAAAAUUAUCGAGAGGUGUUCUUCAGUCUAGAGUACAAUCCUGCCAUCUACACUCACUGUUAUGAUGCUUCGGGGACAAGACUGUUUACGGCGGGUGGCCCUCUACCUGCCAGCCUUCAGGGAAACUACGCAAGCAUGUGGCAGUGAUGCCGGUAGUAAUAUAGCCAUAAAAUUUUAUUUAGUGUACAAAGAAAUUUCACCCUUUUUUAAAUAAUAAUUUUUCAUCACUCUGUAUGUCGGAUUUAUUAAUUUUUUUCAUAGACAAAUUCAAAAGACCUAGUGAUAAUGUAAAAAUUCAUAAAGUCUUUUUUUAAAUUUUUUUUUCAGUUUUGAAACAAUACAUAAAUUGUGUGAACUAAAUGGUGUCUUCCCACAAUCAUUUGUCAAUUUGAACCGAUAUUUUGUUUUGUUUUUAUUGAUAUUGCAGCCAUUAUUUCUGCAACAAAUUGUGGUGAUCUGUUAUUAUUAUUAUUAAAUUAUUCUUUGACAAUGUUUUUACGAGUAAAAUCUGAAUAACAUCUUAUUUUUCUUGGAAUGUGUAUUUAAGAAUUAAUUUUAAUCUUGCAAACUGACAUAAACAUGGUGAAAAUCAUAGUUGUCAAAGAUUACUUUAAUAUCAUCGGCACUAUUUUUUUACAGGAUAUCAUUGACAUCCAAAGAAAUCUGUUUCCUAUUUAGACAUAUGUAUGUCAGAGUAGUGAUAUAAUUUUUAGUUUGUUUGUUUUGUAUUGAGUUAGAUUAAUAAAUUCUUUAUAAUUAA